UGCUGUCAGCUUUGCACUCGAACUAGCGCGCGCGGCGAGCCGGGCCGUGCGGCGUUUGCACACGGUCAUACGGUCGACCUACACACGACACACAACUGGCCGGCUUAAAAGCCUCUAGCAUCCAUAGACUGCAAUAGUUUAACUUGAACAUCGCCUGUAUAAACAAUACUUACAACCAUGGUGGUCGACGGAGUAGACAAUGAAAUCAAGAAGUCGGCGCUGGAACUUAUUGGCAACACGCCGAUAAUCGCCCUCGAUCGCAUACACCCGGGACCCGGCCGCAUCUUAGCCAAAUGUGAGUUUAUGAACCCCGGUGCUUCUAUCAAAUGCCGCUCGUCGAUGCAUAUGAUCGAGAGAGCCCGUGAGAGCGGACAGCUGAAGCCUGGUGCGCCGGUGCUGGAGGUGACGUCCGGCAACCAGGGCUGCGGGCUCGCCGUCGUGUGCGCCGUCCUCGGACACCCCCUCACCCUCACCAUGUCCAAAGGAAACAGCGUCCAGCGAGCCAUACACAUGGAAGCCCUCGGCGCUACAUGCAUACGAGUACCACAAGUGGAAGGCACAUAUGGUAACGUCACUUUGAACGAUGUAAAAGCAGCCGAAGCUGAGGGCUUGAGAAUUGUCGAAGAGACAGGCGCGUACUACGUGAACCAGUUCAACAACGAAGCCAACGCGCAGUCGCAUUACGAAACGACUGGCCCUGAAAUUUGGAGGCAAACUGGACACCACGUGGACGCGUUUGUGGCUACCGUAGGCACCGCGGGGACCUUCACGGGGACCUCAAAAUAUUUAAAGGAAAAGAACCCGAACUUGGCUUGUUACGUUGUUGAGCCAAGUGGUUCCGAGCCUAUUAAGGGUGAGCCUAUAACAAAGCCGUUACAUUUGCUGCAAGGUUCGGGUUACGGGUGUGUUCCUAACUUGUUUAAGUUUGACUACAUGGAUGGGACGCUGAGCGUGACGGAUGAAGAGUCAGUGAAGUACAAGAAGUUUCUGGGAGAGAAGGAAGGUCUGUACGUGGGGUACACGAGUGGGGCGAAUGUGGCUGCGGCGGUGAAGUUGCUGGAGUCGGGGCUGGUGCCGCGGGACGCCUGGGUGGUCACGCUGCUGAAUGACAGCGGCUUGAAGUAUACCCCAGUGCCUGAGGAGUUGACAUAAGUCGUAUACAAGUAUCGUUUAGCUUUAAUAUAUUUUUAUACUUUAAAUUAAUUGAAUUAAUAUUAUUUCAUUUUAAUUCAAUAUUAAGUAAAUAAUGUACAUUUUAAUUAUAAGUAAUAAAUAUACUCGAACUAAUAUAACAAACAUA